AUGGGACAAAAUUCUUCAAUAAAUCGUUAUUCUCGUCGAAUAAGUGACUCUUUUAGAGGUGGUAGAAAUUCAACAUUUCCUAAUAAUGAUGAAAAACGAAUAAUAACAAUUAAUAGUGGACCACAACCAGCUAAAUUUAUAUCAAAUUUUAUUAGUACAAGCAAAUAUUCUAUAUUAACAUUUUUACCCAAAUUUCUCUUUGAACAAUUUCGAAAAUAUUCAAAUAUAUUUUUUCUUUGUAUUGUUAUAUUUCAACAAAUUCCCGGUGUAUCACCAACAGGAAGAUAUACAACAGCUGUUCCACUAACAUUUAUUCUUUGUUGUGCUGCGAUUAAAGAAAUUAUUGAGGAUGUGAAACGACAUAUACAAGAUGAUGCAGUCAAUCGUAGAAAAGUUUUAAUUUAUCGACAAGGAGCUUGGAUGUUUACAGCAUGGCAAGAAGUUAAAGUUGGUGAUAUUGUUAAAGUUAUUGAUAAAGAAUAUUUUCCAGCUGAUCUUGUUUUAAUUUCUUCUGGUGAACCAAAUUCAAUAUGUUAUAUUCAAACAUCAAAUCUUGAUGGAGAAACAAAUCUUAAAGUUCGACAGGGUUUACCCCAAACUUCUCAUAUAAAAUCAAGUCUACAAUUAAAAGAUUUACAAGGAACAGUCGAAUGUGAAUUACCAAAUAGAAAUUUAUAUGAAUUUGCUGGAACAUUAAAAGUCAAUAGUGCUACUUAUCCUAUACCAUUAGGUGCUGAUCAAAUACUUUUACGGGGUUCGCAGCUAAAAAAUACGACAUGGAUUUAUGGAGUUGUUAUUUAUAGUGGACAUGAUACAAAAUUAAUGAUGAAUUCAUCUGCUAUUCCACUUAAACGAACAAAUGUCGAACAAGUGACAAAUAAACAAACUUUAUUUUUACUUCUUUUAUUGAUUAUCUUAUGUGUAAUCAGUACGAUUGCUGGAGAAAUUUGGACUUAUAAAAAUAAAGAGAAACACUGGUAUCUUGGUUUAAAUCUUGAUGAAAAUGGGCAAACAUGGCAACAUAUUGGUUACACAUUUUUAACAUUUUUUAUUUUAUUUAAUAAUUUAAUUCCAAUUUCAUUACAAAUAACAGUUGAUCUAGUCAAAUUUAUUCAAGCCUAUUUCAUCAAUUGGGAUAAAGAUAUGUAUGAUCCCGAUACAGAUACACCAGCAAAUGCAAGAACAUCGAAUUUAAAUGAAGAACUUGGUCAAGUUAAAUAUAUUUUUUCGGAUAAAACUGGUACAUUAACAAAAAAUGAAAUGGUUUUUAAACAAUGUUCUAUUGCUGGUAUUAUGUAUGGAUCAGGAAAUUUAAGUGAAUUUAAUAGUUAUGAAUUACUUAAAAAUCUAGAAGAACAUGAUACACGUAAUGAAAUUCGUGAAUUUCUAACAUUACUUGCAACAUGUCAUACAGUUGUACCAGAAAAUAAAAUGCAUACAGAUUUACCAACCGAUGCAUCUUAUCAAGCAUCAUCACCAGAUGAAUAUGCAUUAGUUACUGUAAUGAAAGAAAUGGGUGUUGUUUUUUUUAGUCGUACACCCACGAGUGUGACUAUUAACUUUCGUGGUGAAAAAGAAGAAUAUCAAAUUUUAAAUGUUUUGGAAUUUAGCAGUGAUCGUAAACGAAUGAGUGUGAUUGUUCAAACACCUCGAAACGAAAUUAAAUUAUAUUGUAAAGGCGCUGAUAGUGUUAUUAUGGAACGUCUUGGAUCACAGGAUAAUAAUGUACAAUUAACAUCUGAACAUUUAGAAAGUUUUGCUAAUGAUGGUCUUCGAACAUUAUGUCUUGGUUAUCGAAUUUUAACUACUGAAGAAUAUAAUGAAUGGUUAGUAAAAUAUCGAGAAGCAUCAACAGCAAUUAAUAAUCGAAAUGAAUUAGUUGCUGAAAUAGCGGAUAAAAUUGAACAAAAUUUAAUUUUAUUAGGUGCAACUGGUAUUGAAGAUAAAUUACAAGAUGAAGUUCCACAAAAUCUUACGAUGUUACAUAGAGCUGGUAUUAAAAUUUGGGUAUUGACAGGAGAUAAAAAAGAGACUGCAGUAAAUAUUGGUUAUUCAUGUAAACUUUUAUCCGAUCAAAUGCUUAAUUUAACAUUAGAUGAAGCAACUCGUGAUGAUACACAAAGACAAUUACGUCAACAUUGUCAACAAUUUGGUGAUUCAUUACGUAAAGAAAAUCUUGCUUCAUUGGUCAUCGAAGGACAAACACUUAAAUAUGCUUUACAUGCUUCUUGUCGUCAAGAUUUUCUUGAUUUAGCUAUGUCAUGUAAAACAGUUAUUUGUUGUCGAGUUAGUCCAAAGCAGAAAGCAGAAGUUGUUGAACUUGUUAAAAAAUCAACAGAUGCAAUUACAUUAGCUAUUGGUGAUGGCGCUAAUGAUGUAGGCAUGAUUCAGAUGGCACAUGUAGGUGUUGGAAUAUUAGGUCGUGAAGGUGUUCAAGCAGCAUGUGCAUCAGAUUAUACUAUUGGUCAAUUUCGAUUUUUAACUAAACUAUUAUUUGUUCAUGGUGUAUGGAGUUAUCGUCGUUUAUGCAAAGUAUUACUUUAUUCAUUUUAUAAAAAUAUUUGUCUUUACGUUAUGGAGCUUUGGUUUGCAUUACAUAGUGGAUUUUCUGGUCAAAUUUUAUUUGAACGAUGGACAAUUGCUAUCUAUAAUGUAUUAUUUACUGCAGCACCACCAAUGGCACUUGGAUUAUUAGAUCGUAGUUGUAGUGCAGAAACAAUGAUGCGUUUUCCAGCUAUAUAUAAAAUGUCACAAAAUCGAUCGGAUUUUAAUAUUAAAUUUACACAUAUUGCUAUUUGGGGAAGUAUUGCUUCAUGGUUUAUCUUUUUCACUGUAUACAGUUAUGUAUGGCCAACAUUUCCAGUUGCAUCAGAAAUGCGUGGUAUGGUUCAAUAUGUUUUUUCAAGUCCAUGCUUUUGGUUUGGUUUAAUAUCAAUUCCAAUAACAACAUUAUUAGCUGAUUUUAUUUAUAAUUGUAUUCAACGAACUUUUUUUAAAACAUUAAUGCAAGAAGUACAAGAAAAAGAAGUUGCUCAUCAAGAUCCAUCUGAUUUAGUUAUGUCAAGACAACCAUCAACAGUUUCACGUGUUACUGAACGAUUAGCUUUAUUAAAAAAUGUUUUUGUUCGAACAAGAACAACAAAAUCAACUGGAAUUAUUGAUAAACCUUAUUAUGGAUUUGCUUUUUCACAAGAAGAAAAUGGUGUUGUUCCACAAGAUCAAUUAAUACGAAAUUAUGAUACAAAUAUAGAAAAACCUCUUGGAUUAUAA